GAUUCUUUGGUUGUCGGAGUACAGGUCGACUUACAGGAAAAGUUCACAGUAUGGCGCGUGGCAAACUGCCCCUCCUUCUGGUUUUGGGAGCCACGUGCUUCUUCACGGAGCCAGCAGCUGCAGCCGACUACAGCAGUAAAUUGGUGUGCUCUGCAUGUGGAGAUCACAAACCAGCUGUCGACGCUAUGCUAACAGGGUGCAACACAUUUUUACUAUACUGUGGCCUUCCACCUGAGGAAGCAGUGUGUUACGCCGUCUUAGCAGUGCACCUGUUGGCAUCUACGUUUGUGCAGCUGUUCCCGUCAGCCCUCGCUGUAUUGACGAUCGUCGUCGAGGCUCUCGUUGCACUAAUCGCAGCGCUUGUAAACGACCUCGUUCUUGGCUCUUACAUGCUGGCAUGCAAGUCAAAAUGGGUUACGUAUUUCUCCCAGCUAUCAUAUGUUCUUCCUUAAUGGACGACAACAGAUGCGAAACGGCGGUGAAGGAAAUAACUAAUGCUGUAAUCUUAUCUGAACAGAAAUACAUGAACUGAG